AGCAUAGUUUUUCCUCUCUAUAACAACGGGCAUUCGAACACGAAGCGACUCUAUCACUUUUGAUGAAUUCAGGCGGUAUUUAGUGAUGACUUCGAACACGUUCGCCCUCGUUGCACUCACUUUUGCAGCAGCGGUUUAUGCCAAGGAAAAAGCCAUCAAUGAAAGCUUGCUUCGCUAUCCAAUUCAUUCAGAUAAUUUCGCACCAUCAUCAAUGAAGGAGAUUCACCUCCUUGAAAAGCGCAGUCCACGCAGAACUGUCAUCGUGAUUACUAAACAAAAAAGACGAUUUCAAAUUAUCAAGUGCUGCGGUAUGGUGCGGUGCUCUAAGACGAGCAAAAAUUCUACAAGGUUUCUCAAAACAACAAAGUCAAACCAAAAGCCACCGAAACCAAAAAUCACGGCCCCUGGAGGAGGAACUUUUUCUCCAGGGAAAGAACCAGCAGACCCAUCAAACCCUAUGGACCCAAAAAAUCCUCUAGAUCCAUCAAACCCUGCAGAUCCGUCGAAUCCGGCCGUGUCGGACCCAUCAAAUACAAUAGACCCUUCCAACCCUAUAAUGAUUCCUUCAAAUCCUGAUGAUCCAUCGAUAGCAGACCCUUUGAACCCUGCCGGGUCAGGUCCUUCUUCAACUGCCGGUCCCAACUCCGCAACUCUUGUUGGUUCUGGCCCUUCAAACCCUGCUGGAUCGGAUCCAAAUGCUCCAGGAGCUGGUUCCAACGGCACUCCAGGCCCUGGAGGUUUGACGGAUGCAGCUGGCGGCACUCUUUUGCCAAGAGUGUCCAACCCACUUCCUCCAGCUCCAGGUGGAACUACUGUUGUCCAGGGCGCACCAGGAGCAACAACUGGAACCCCAGGAGCUACGACUGGGGUUUCAGGAGCUACAACUGGGGUUCCGGGAGCUACGACUGGGAUUCCAGGAGCUACGACUAGGGCUCCAGGUGGUACAACUAUGGCAUCAGACGCCGGAAUCACAACUGCAGGGCCCGGCAGCACAAACAAGACGACUCUACCAGACGGUCAAACUCCACCAACCACGACUCCUCCUCGCCCACCCUGCUUUGAAAGCAAAUCUAACUACACUCUUUCGGCUGACAAGCAAACAUGGGCUAACGCAAGAUUGGAGUGCCAGAAGAAAAGCAUGGACCUUGUAAACAUGGAAACCACGGAAGAAAAUACCUGCGUUAAAUUCAUAAUUGAAAAUGCCAAACAAACAGCGACUCCGUUUUGGCAAGCACUCAACAAAAUCGGCCUACCAAGCUACUCUCAGUGGCUGAGCGGACAGUCACUCACCUACACCGAUUGGAAUUCUGGCGCCCCUGCGAAGAUUGACACUGAAGACUGCUCUUUGAUUUCCGGAGGAAAGUGGAUUGGAGCCUCUUGCACAGACACCUACAACUACGUUUGCGAAACACCCCAGCCAUUCGACAUGUGCACAAACGAGCAACCGGUUGAAAUAUCGAGUACAAAGUUGUCUUUUGACGAUGCAAGGGCGGAAUGUCAGAAGAAGAAAAUGGAUCUGGUUAGCCUGGAGACUCGAGAUCAGAACACAUGCUUCCAAAGGCAGCUCACCAUGCUUGGGCUCGCCAGGGAACCCGUUUAUAUCGGCUUAACAAUGACUGGAAAUGCGAACUACACUUCUUGGGUUAACGCAAAACCUUUACUCUAUCUCGACUGGUCGGCAGGCAACCCAGCCCAGUUUGGCACUGAAAAUUGCGUGCAAGCUAACAAUUUCCAUUGGUUUGAUGUUUCGUGCACUCAACCCCUGCGUUAUGCCUGUGAAGAUGCAGUCGUCCUCGACCCUUGUUUUAAUAUGACAACAAAACACGUACUUUCUAACGACACGGCUAAGUGGGCGCAAGCGAGGCUGAAUUGUAAAAAACUUGGAAUGGAACUGACUUCUAUGGAAACACCGCAGGAAAAUAUCUGUGUCAAGUCCAUUUUAAAGUCUGCAGGCAUAACGGCGGCUGAUCACGUGUGGCACUCUUUGAAUAUGUUUGGACAGCCGAACUUUGACUCUUGGAACAACGGAGAGCCACUGACUUACAAUGACUGGGCGCCAGGAAAUCCAGCGCAGAUACCCUGGGAGAGUUGUGGAGCUUUCGAGUACGGGAGAUGGGGAGACGUUCCAUGCGACUGGAAGUUGCGGUACGUUUGUGAAUCUGCACAGAUCGACCGCUGCGAUCCUGAUCAAUUCGUUGCAUCCACUUCUGUGCUCACUUUUGAAGCGGCAGUAACUGAGUGCAGAAAAAACGGGAUGGCUUUGUCAGUACCUGAGACCAGAGAGGAAAACAUUUGCAUUCAGCGUUUGCUUGACGAGAAAGGUUUGACCUUCAACUAUGUUUGGAACGGUCUGAACAGGAAAGGCGCGAGCAAUUACACCAAGUGGUACAAUGAAGCACCUCUGACUUAUCUGGAUUGGAACAGAGGCGAACCAGCGCAUUUCCCUCAUGAGCAGUGCGGGAUCCAUUUCUUCGCCCAUUGGUACGAUUUGCCCUGCGAAGGAUUAGCUUAUUACGUCUGUGAAAAGGCAAUUGUUAUCGACCCCUGCAAAGGACUGCCUUCCACAUACAAAGUUUCGACCGACACAAAGACCUGGGGUGGCGCACGAUCCGAGUGCAAAAAGCAGGGCGGAGAUCUGGUCAGCAUCGACAGCGCGAAGGAGCACGCUUGCGUCAAGGACAAAAUCGACUUGGCAGGAAAAACUACAAGCAUCGUUUUCCACGGUCUAAAUAAAAUGGGCUGGAGCAACUAUACGUCAUUGUACAGCGGAAGUACGCCGACUGCGACUUAUUGGAAAUCUGGUGAACCAGCGCAAUUUAAGACGGAACAUUGCUCUGCGUACAAAGACGGUGCCUGGAUGGACGUCGAUUGUAAAGGAUCAAACGCUUACGUUUGCGAAUCCCCGGCACCUAUCGACGUCUGCUCAAAAUACAGCUUCUCAGUAUCUACUGAAGCGAGGGUGUAUGACGAUGCGCGGUUCGAAUGCUUAAAAAAGAACAUGACGAUUGUGGAUUUGGACAACCCCUCUAAAAGCAUGUGCUUGCAACAGUAUAUCGCGGGACUGGAGUUGUCGUCCACGCCACUCACAAUCGGUCUCGACAAGAGAAGAACCAUCAAUCAUACAAAGUGGUCAAACGGCGAACUUCUGACUUUCACGGACUGGGACGUCAACAACCCUGAGGCAUUUGCCAGCGAACAUUGCGCUGUUGCCUUAAACCAUCACUGGCAUGACUCGCCCUGCGGAGUAGCCUACAGAUAUGUGUGCGAGGACGACUACAAAGACCCAUGUGCAGAUUUUUCCACUUACACGAUUGUCACAAACAAUAACAAAAAUUGGAUUUAUGCAUCGGAGGAGUGCAAGAAACUGGGCGGAGAUCUUGUGUCCAUGGAGACGCCAGAGGAGAAUUUUUGCGUCAGAUAUAAAAUAUAUAUGGCUGGUAAAAAGGACGAGCGGAUGUGGCAUUCGUUGAGCAAGUUGGGCACAGUUUACUUCAUCCAAUGGGCAAACGGCGAGCCACUCACCUACAGUGACUUUGACCCGAGCUACAAUUUGAAGUCUUGGACUGGAGAGCAUUGCGGAGGAUUCGAGAGUGGUAUUUGGGGUGACAUUCCCUGUACCUGGGAGAUCCCGUACGUUUGCGAAUCAAAGCCUAGUCCGAAAGAAAUCUGCACGGAUGGACAAUUUGAAGUGUUCGCCGAACAAGUAAGUUGCAUUGUGCUUUUAAAUAUUGAAUCUAACCAAAGACGCAAGGUCGAUUAUGCUACUUCAAAACUGAGAUGCAAAUCGAAAGGAAUGGCUAUUGCGAAUAUGGAGACGGUCACGGAAAAUAUUUGCGUUCAAAGAGCGAUAUUGAAAAAGGGCGUUUAUGACAACUGGGUUUAUACCGGAUUGAAUAAAAUCGGUCAGACUAACUACACAAAAUGGGAAAACGGUGCCCCUCUCACUUAUAGAAGCUUCCCGCCCGGCGAGCCGUCAGGGUUCGCCAGUGAAGAUUGCAUGCUCAACAUACAGGGCCAGUGGUAUGAUAUUAACUGCGUUGUGGGAAACUACUACGUUUGCGAAAAGGCUGUGAUUGUGGACCCCUGUCAAGGACUGGCGUCAACGUACACAAUUUCAACUGACACGCAAACAUGGGGUGCAGCCAGGGCGGCGUGUAAAUUGAAAUCAGCGGAUUUGGCCACAGUGAAAACGGACAAAGAUCACGCGUGCAUUAAAGACAAAAUCGCCAUGGCUGGAAAAUCUGCGAGCAUCGUCUUUAUCGGCUUGAACAAAAUCGGCCAGAGCAACUAUUUGCAGUGGUUUGACGGAACUUCCAUCUCAUUCACCGCCUGGAAAGCUGGCGAACCGGCUCAGCUGAAGACUGAAAACUGCGCAGCCUACUUAAACGACGAGUGGAUCGACACACCGUGCAUGGGCUCCAAUAUUUACGUUUGUGAGUCGCCAGCUAAGCAAGACGUCUGCGCUAAAUACAAGUUUACCCUCUCUUCGGACACGAGAAUAUACGACGACGCGAAGUUCGAGUGUAUUAUGAAAAAUAGCUCACUCGUUAGUGCCGAGACUCCCGAGGAAAAUUUAUGCUUGGGACAGUAUCUGGUCGAGAUGGGAUUCGGAGUGACUCAGCAUUGGAUAGGAAUGGACAAGCGCGGACUGAGCAAUUAUAGCCAGUGGCUGAGCGGUAGCGCGCUAACCUACACCGACUGGGACGUAAAUAACCCUGAAGCAUUUUCUACCGAGGACUGCGUAGUUUUUCUCAAUCAGCACUGGGUUGAUUCGCCCUGUGGCUUAUCCUGGCGCUACGUGUGCGAGACCAAUGAUUUCAAACACCCGUGCGAUGGAUUUUCAAGCUAUACUAUUUCGACGGCAACUAAAAAAUGGAUCGACGCUAAGGACGAUUGCAAAAAUAAUAACGGAGAUCUUGCGACAUUGGAAACUCCACAGGAAAAUUAUUGCGUGCAAUUUCUCAUUUACGCCGCGGGCAAAAAGGGAGCGCAGCUGUGGCACUCACUCAACAAAAUGGGAUCCAUGUACUUCCAGUACUGGGCAAAUGGAGUGCCGUUGAACUAUUCAGGAUUUGCUCCUUCCUAUAACUUGAAAUCUUGGACUGGAGCACACUGUGCUGCAUUCCAGAAUUCUCUGUGGGUUGAGAUAGGUUGCACAGCUUCAAUUUCAUACGUUUGCGAGUCUAACCCUGCGCCAACUGACAAUUGCAAAACCGGCCAAUUUGAAGCUUUCCCUGACGCUGUUGCCUACGACACGGCAAAGCAGAAAUGCGUUGACAAGGGAUUGGUGCUGGCGUCUGCAGAGACUGUCCAGGAAAACUUUUGUGUCCAGUGGGCUAUCAUGAGAAAAGGUAUUGAAGGAAAUUGGGUUUACUCCGGACUCAACAAGAGAGGCCACUCCAACUACACAAAAUGGGAAUCUAACGCGACGCUGGAUUACGUUGGCUGGGCUCCGAACGAGCCAGCAGCGUUCGCUUCAGAGGACUGCGUGAUCAAUAUAGACGGACAUUGGUAUGACGUUAGCUGUGGGCACCCAUGUUAUUACGUUUGCGAGAAAUCCAUGUAGAGCAAGUUGCAUGGUAUCAGGAUUGAACAAAUCAGGAAAAAAACAAUCUGUUUCAAAAUAUAAAUAUAUUAAACGCACCUUGUGGCUUA